AUGGUCGUUAAUAAUCCGAACAACUGGCACUGGGUCGAUAAAAACUGUAUCGACUGGACUAAACAAUACUUCAAGUCCAAAUUACCAGGGCUUGCCUCCAAAGAUUCCUCUGUCAAGAUCACCGAGGUCAGAUCCAUCGAAGGUGAUGUUGAAGUUUGUCAAAGAAAAGGUAAAGUCAUUUCCUUGUUUGAUUUGAAGUUGGUGAUGGCAUUCGAAAGCAAGGUUGAAAACCAAGAAACCGUUACUGGGUCGAUCACCGUUCCAGAAGUGGCAUAUGAUACUGAAGAAGAUGAAUACCAAUUCAACAUCAGCAUUGAUAAUGACAACAAUAGAGCUGAUUCAGUGAAAAGCACUAUUAGAAAAGAUUUAGAAGGAACUUUAAGAAAAGCUUUAUUCACUUUUGGUAAAGAUUUGAUUUUGUCCCAAGGUAAUGAUAUCCAAUUGCCUGAAGAUCAAGUGAAUUCGACUUUUACAAAAUCUAACCAAAAGGCUUCUGCCACCGUCUCAUCAAGCUCCACCGCCGCCGCUAAAUCGAACACCACUUCUAGUACUGCCGCUGCUUCUGCGAGUACUGCAAAGAAAUCCACUGAUGCCUCGGUGCCAAAAUACAAUACUUCCACCCUUCAUUUGGAAGCCACUUUCACUACCACAACAGAACAAAUUUACGAAACCUUUUUGGACCCUGCCAGGGUUGCUGCUUGGACUAGGGCUGUGCCAUUGAUUGAACCAAAAGAAGGUGGUGUCUUUGAAUUAUUCCACGGCAAUAUCGAAGGGAAAUUCCUUAAACUUGAUAAGCCUAGUAAGAUUGUCAUGUUGUGGAGACUUAAAGAUUGGAAAGCCGGCCAUUUUGCCAAUUUGGAAAUCAACUUCUUCCAAGGUGAUUCUGAUACUAAGGCGGAUAUCAUGUUCACUGGUAUCCCAAUUGGUGAAGAAGAAAAGGUCGAAGGUAACUUCCAGGAAUAUUAUAUUAGGGCCAUCAAGCUUACUUUCGGGUUUGGUAUCGUUCUUUGA